UCCUUCGAUCUCGGUUACCUUGGCGAUCUCUACCAGACGGUUAGAGUUGCCAAGAGGCGCCUGCUGCCGCUUCCUUUCUCCCGCCCUCCCUUUGGUUUAGCUCCGCCCCCUGCUCCCACAGGUUAAAAGCAGACGCCGACGCGGUUGCCUAGUGACACUUUUCCCAAGAUGCCUAGGGUAUUGUUGUGUUCUUCUUAGCCAAUCAGAGAGGCGAAGCGGGCCCACCGCCUGCCAAUAGACUGCGAGAUCAGGGCCCGCGACAGUUAAACGGGGCCGAAGGGUGACGGGUUAGCGCUGCUCGGGGGCUUCUCCGUGCUGUUCCCUGAAGCUCCCGGUCCCGAUCCCUGGAGCUCCGCACUUGGGGGCGCAACCUGCGUGAGGCAGCGCGACUCUGGCGACUGGCCGGCCAUGCCGUCCCGGGCUGAGGACUAUGAAGUGUUAUACACCAUUGGCACAGGCUCCUAUGGCCGCUGCCAGAAGAUUCGGAGGAAGAGUGACGGCAAGAUAUUAGUUUGGAAAGAACUUGACUAUGGCUCCAUGACAGAAACUGAGAAACAGAUGCUUGUUUCUGAAGUGAAUUUGCUUCGUGAACUGAAACAUCCAAACAUCGUUCGUUACUAUGAUCGAAUUAUUGACCGGACCAACACAACACUGUACAUUGUAAUGGAAUAUUGUGAAGGAGGGGAUCUGGCUAGUGUAAUUACAAAAGGAACCAAGGAAAGGCAAUAUUUAGAUGAAGAGUUUGUUCUUCGAGUGAUGACUCAGUUGACUCUGGCCCUGAAGGAGUGCCACAGACGAAGUGAUGGUGGUCAUACUGUAUUGCAUCGGGAUCUGAAACCAGCCAAUGUUUUCCUGGAUGGCAAGCAAAACGUCAAGCUUGGAGACUUUGGGCUAGCUAGAAUAUUAAACCACGACACGAGUUUUGCAAAAACAUUUGUUGGCACACCUUAUUACAUGUCUCCUGAACAAAUGAAUCGCAUGUCCUACAAUGAGAAAUCAGAUAUCUGGUCACUGGGCUGUUUGCUGUAUGAAUUAUGUGCAUUAAUGCCUCCAUUUACAGCUUUUAGCCAGAAAGAACUCGCUGGGAAAAUCAGAGAAGGCAAAUUCAGGCGAAUUCCAUACCGUUACUCUGAUGAAUUGAAUGGAAUUAUUACGAGGAUGUUAAACUUAAAGGAUUACCAUCGACCUUCUGUUGAAGAAAUUCUCGAGAACCCUUUAAUAGCAGAUUUGGUUGCAGAAGAGCAAAGAAGAAAUCUUGAGAGAAGAGGGCGACAAUUAGGAGAGCCAGAAAAAUUGCAGGAUUCCAGCCCUGUAUUAAGUGAGCUGAAACUAAAGGAAAUUCAGUUACAGGAGCGAGAGCGAGCUCUCAAAGCAAGAGAAGAAAGAUUGGAGCAGAAAGAACAGGAGCUUUGUGUUCGUGAAAGACUAGCAGAGGACAAACUGGCUAGAGCAGAAAAUCUGUUGAAGAAUUACAGCUUGCUAAAGGAACAGAAGUUCCUGUCUCUGGCAAGUAGUCCAGAACUUCUUAAUCUUCCAUCCUCAGUAAUUAAGAAGAAAGUUCAUUUCAGUGGGGAAAGUAAAGAGAACGUCAUGAGGAGUGAGAAUUCUGAGAGUCAGCUCACGUCUAAGUCCAAGUGCAAGGAUCUGAAGAAAAGGCUUCAUGCUGCCCAGCUGCGGGCUCAAGCCCUGUCAGAUAUUGAAAAAAAUUACCAGCUAAAAAGCAGACAGAUUCUGGGUAUGCGCUAGCCAGGUAGAGAGACACAGAGCUGUGUACAGGAUGUAAUAUUACCAACCUUUAAAGACUGAUAUUCAACUGCUGUAGUGUUAUAUACUUGGUUCCGUGAGCCACGCCUUUUUGUAUAGUACACGUGAUAUUUCGGAAUUGGUUUUGCUGUUCUUCAGCAACUAUUGUACAAAAUGUUCACAUUUAAUUUUUCUUUCUUCUUUUAAGAACACAUUAUAAAAAAAAUACUUUCUUGCUUGGGCUUUUUUAAUCCUGUGUGUGAUGACUAGUAGGAACAUGAGAUGUGACAUUCUAAAUCUUGGGAGAAAAAAAUAAUGUUAGGAAAAAAAUAUUUACGCAGGAGUAGCAGUCACUGAAUAGUUUUAAACGACUGAGUGGUGUGCUUGCAAUUGUUAUAUAUAGAUUUAAAUUUUAAGUCUGAGAUUUUAAAUGUUUUUGAGCUUAGAAAACCUAUUUGGAUGCACUUUGGUCAUUAAUACCAUGACAUCUUGCUUAUAAAUAUUCCAUUGCUCUGUAGUUCAAAUCUAUUAGCUUUGUGAAAAUUCAUCACUGUGAUGUCUGUAUUCUUUUUUUUUCUGUUUAACAGAAUAUGAGCUGUCUGUCAUUUACCUACUUCUUUCCCACUAAAUAAAAGAAUUCUUUGGUUUCCCUGUA